AUGUCCCAACCGCAAGGCAAGCAAGACCUCGAUGGGGUUCUCGACAUCACCGGGAACGCGUCCUGCCUAGACAUGCACAUCCAGCUUUGUCUUUGCUAUGCUAUGCCAGACAGCUCCCCAUCUUCACGAACAGCCACAAUCAACACGCUGAAAACUGGUCUGGACAACUUGACCAGGAGCUUUCCCUGGGUAGCCGGGCAGGUUGUCUACGAACCGCCCAGCAAAACACACACGGGGAGAAUGAAAAUAAAACCACUAGGCCAGACUCCGUCCCUAAUCGUCAAGGACCUGAGCCGAGACCCCUCCACACCGGGCAUGGAGGAGUUACGGCAGACCGAGUUCCCCAUGAAACUACUCGACGAGCGAACGAUAGCACCCAUCCCCACCUACUCGGCAACCAUAACAGGCCCGAAGCCCGUCCUGGCCCUCCAGGCCAACUUCAUACCGGGUGGCCUGAUACUCACCGCAGCGGGCCAACACCAAGCAAUGGACUAUCCGGGGAUGGGCCACCUCCUGCAUCUUCUCUCCAAAGCGUGCCACGGCAAAGCAUUCACCCCGGAGGAAACAACCGCCGCAAACCUCUCCCGCUACAAUCUCAUCCCUUUCCUCGACGACUCUUACCAGCCCGGGCCAGAGCUCUAUCGCCGCGUCAUCCCCCCCGCCGAGCCCACUGUGGCACACUCCGCCCCCGCCCCUCCCAGCAGCUGGGCAAACGUAAUAUUCAACCCCGACUCCCUCGCUGCACUCAAACGUCUCGCCGAACAGAACCUAACCACACACCUCGGCUUCAUCUCCACCGACGACGCCCUAACCGCCUUUGUCUGGAAGGCGAUCGCUGGCGCCCGACUGCCCCGCCUCGAUCCAACAGAAGAAGCAACCCUGAGCCGCGCCGUCAACAUCCGGCACCUGUUCGACAUCCCCGAGGCGCACCCGGGGAUGGUGACCAUGUGCGUCUACGAUACCGCCACACUGAGCACCCUCGUGCAGGAGCCCCUGGGGACGACCGCGUCGCGGCUCCGCUCGGAGCUGGACCACGAGAAGACGGGGCUGGCGUAUAUCACGCGGGCGGCGGUGACGAUGCUCCAUCGAUCGACGGAUAAGAGUAUACUCAACUAUAUGGGGACGAUUAGGACGAGCAUUGAUCUUAUGUAUAGCUCUUUUGCCAUUGUCAAGGCCUAUGAACUGGACUUCGGCUUGGGGCUCGGGAUGUGCGAGGCGGUGCGCUUGCCGCUGCCCCCCGCCGACCCGGGCAUUGUCUAUGCGCUGCCCAAGCGGGCAGAUGGUCAGGUUGUUCUUGCGAUGUGUCUGGAGAACGUGGAUAUCGAGGCGCUGAAGCGGGAUAGGGAGUUUGUGCGCUAUGGUCGGUUUAUUUAGUUCAAUUAGGUCUUCUCGAUUUACUACACUAGCUUUAAGUAGCGACUUGAUGCUCCCCUCCUCUUCU